GAUUAAACAAGCAAAGUUGUACAACUCGAGUCCAUUAGAAAUAAUAACUAUUUUUGCGCAAUUGGAACUUGUAAAAAGUUGUACUAUCAUUUGCCUCCAGGGCAAACGUUACUCAAACAUUACAAAAACUUCGCUUAAUAGUAUUUUCCUUAGGGUGUCAUUGACACAAUUUUGCGUAAUCGUACAUAGGACUGAAAUUUUGAUAUAGUUGCUCAUCAUGAUCAUCGUGUUAAAAGUGUCUGACGAAUAACAUGUAACAAUUUAAAAUGAUUACAAAUAUGUAGUACCUCUCAUCUUUAGGAUUCCAUUCACAUACUGAUUGAUACAAAAAUGAAUAAGGCAUUAGUGUAGCUCCCUGCAUUACGCAUCUAUCAAUUCUAAAUUGGUUAGUCAUAUAAUGAUUAUAUAUAAGAACACAUGUAAACAUCCUCAGUAAAAUUUCGACAUCUGAAGGUAUAAGAUACAAAACAAACUUUCAAGCUUUCAGAUCAGUUUCGAUGGAAUAGACUAAUAUUGCAAUUCGUUUGACUGUACUGCAUUUAAAGAUAUUUUUUAAAAUUUUGAAAGAUAGUGCUCUGAACAGUAUGGAUGCUGUGUCCAAUAAAGUGUUGUGUUUUGUGAAAGCUUUAGUAGUGCUAUGUUUAAUCAGCUUUACAUCCACAAACGCUAUUCCAGAAUGUAAGUAUCAUGAUUGUUAGUAUUUAAGCUUGGGAAAACUAAGUAAUACUUUAAAUUUAUUGUAAAAUUUCAAACACCUGUAAAAUUGUCACGGUGUGCAUAUAGGAGAAAUUUUCAGUAACGUUUUUAUAAAUAAGAUGUUUUAAGCUGUAAACUUCGAAUAUAUUUUUCACCUGUGCUUCACUGAUUUAGAUUACAUGGAAGAAAGAUGCAAUGUGAACAAUAUUGUAAAUCUGGCCACUGAAUCUCACGAGUCGGUCCGGCUUCGUCUGACUAGAAAUCCGGCUUACACUAGGAACAUCAACUGUAUCAUGAUUGUCCAGCCUCCGCCGGGCAAAAAACUGAUUGUCCGGUUCAACGAAAUCGACAUCCAGCAGUUACAAAGUGGACAGUGUGUAGAUGCACUGAUCGCCAUAGACGGCCAAGAUCAAGUGUCGGCUAGACUUCUUCAAGGUACACCUCAACAAAUCUGCGGCCAGUCCAGACCUGCCCAGGCCUUUGUGACACAACAGGGACCCCUCCUCCUCAGAUUUACCAGUGGACAAACCAAUGUAGCAAGGAGGGGCUUCGAUCUCCUCAUAACUGCGUAUAAAGAUGGUCCCUGUGCAUCCAAUGAAUAUACUUGCCACAAUCAACGAUGUAUCAAUGAGAACCUACGCUGUUCAGGACUGGACCAUUGUGGUGACGGCACGAAGCCCUGUCCGCUGACCGCCGAGGCUAUAGCAGGAAUCGCCGUGGGCGGAGCCCUUCUUCUGAUCAUUAUCAUUGCCCUUAUUGUUUUCUGCGUGUGUAGACACAAAAGGAAGACGAAUUUUAGCGAGAAGGCGCAUGCUCACGACAACCGACGGAAUGGCUACGAACCAACAGUUGUGCACGGGGAAUCAAUCAAAAUUAACGGAAAUGGUGUCAGGGGCGUGGUCUAUUAAUCAACCAAUAACUCUAGCAGUGAAGACAGUGACUUCAGAUUUAUCUUAUUUGUUUUGUACUGUGAUAUACUGACAAUUUUUAACAUGUUUUUUUUUUUUUAUAUUGAACAUGGACUGAUUUUCAAAAUGUGUUUAGUCUCCCAUUCGUUGUCUCUGUUUAUUUGUCAAUGUGAUUUAUUAUGACCCAAAUGAAAACUGGAAUAUGUUUUUGUACUUUCUUAAAUUGUAUCUGCAAUAAAUUUUAAAACUCCACA